AUGCCACAAAAGUCCAGCAGAAGGAACGCGGCGAAUCAGCACGACAAGCGCCAUGAGAGUGGUCUCGCAGCUCCUGGAAAGCGCAUCCCCAAGCAACGCUCGUCUCAGAACCUCAAUGGCCAGACAAAUGGAAAGCCCAAGUCUUCCUCGCCGCCGCUGCCCGCCGCAGAUGUAGACCAAAACACUCCGUUACCUGCCACGCCCAACGGUUCGACCCAUGGCAUUGACGUGGAUAUGGCUGGGAAGGUCAAUACAAAGCCUGUUACUGGUGGAAGAGACAGAAUACCGUCUGACGCUUCACUUGACAUUCCGGAUUUCGAGCACGCGAACGCGAACGGUUCCGUGGUUGCCUCCACGGACUCGCCGCGCCAGCCCAAUGGAUAUACUACUGCUUCUGGAUCCAAAAGAAAUGCUUUCUCGCUCGCCACGACAAUACUCUCAUCUUGUCCGCUGCAAGAUGUCAUUGCCAUCCUCAUCAUUCUUCUCCAACUUGGGCCAACCGCGCUCACCAUCCUUCAUUUUCUAUUUACCGCCCUCACCUUUGUCCCGCCUCCCACUGCGUCGUCAACAUCGGCCUUCCCCUCAAUGACGGACAUAUUCCAGGGCGCAGGAGGAACUCCGUCAAUUGGCUUGAUAAUAUUUGUUGAUGGUGUGAUACUGUGUGCCUGGCUGGCGCUUUGGGUACCGGUGCAAAAUUUUGUGUUGGAUCUAGCGCAGGCUGUGAUUGCGAUAUCUCUUGGAGGUGCAGCCGCGGGCAAAGGAGGGAUGACAAACAGCAUCGUGAUAUCGAUUUUGAUUGUCGGGGCCUCGAACCUCAACCGCUGUGGUUUCCUACGACACCACCUGGUCGAUGCUACGAGUGUGCUGCUGUCAAAAGCCGGUUACAGUCUUGUUGAACCGACAAAUGACUCGAUACCACGUUCUUUCAGCUGUUCCACUCCUUCCGGCUGGGUCCGGAGUCUGUUAGGUGUCCACAUUAUUUCGCAGGGAGUUUUAAGGGUUAUCCGACGAUCGCUCGCACACCCGCCAUUACCUCCAAUCCCGAACAGUAGAAAAACUCCACAGGACCCGGAAGUCGCGGCGUCUGCCCAGGCUCGAAAGAAUUCUGUUAGUGCCGAUGGGAGUCCGGAUGUUACGACAACGUCGAGUACGGACGGGCGACCCCCUGGGCAGCCACCUGCACAUCGUGAAGCAAAAGAAAAGGCCAUAUCUACGAAAAGAAAGAAACGACAAGCCGCGUAUGUUCGAAGUCAGCAGCCUUUUUGGGCCGCCAUUGCAAGUACCAAAGUCACAGUUAUAAAAGAGGUGGAGCAAAGCAAAGCUGCUAAUGAUGCCGACGAAGCCAGUGCCACCGACCCAAACCAUAUAGGUAAUGCCAAAUUCCAUGGCGAGGAGGACAGAAUUUGGAUAUCAACCGUAGCAUCUGCGGAAGUUUUGUUCGGUGCCAAUCUAUACCAGACAGGCGAGGAUCGAGAACGCGAGCUCGAGGAGAGCGCAUUCCAGACUGGAAAGUCGACUAAGCCCAUCUACGUUCGCGUGAAUGGGACGGUCUGGCGUUCGACCGAUAUAGACAAAAUCCGCACGAGAAACACCGAUACUGGAUCUUACACGGAGUGGAAGGGCGAGAUAUAUGGGCUGACAGCCUUCUCGAAUUAUUUGAUCGAAUUUGUGAAAGCCACGGAUGACGCAGUGUUAUGCACGACAAGCAUUAUCACUGCUCGGGACCCAAGUGCAGAACUUGCUCCUACUGCGUCUCCGGCAGCUCCAAAACUACGACCUUCUUCACCCGCAACGACUCUCAAAGAAUCUAUCACUACGAAUGAACAGACUUUGUCAGAGCUACGCAACCGAUCGAAGCGUACCAAGCGUGAACACCAGAAGCAAAUAACAGCUCUGCGCUCAGAUCUCGACCGACACAAGAACCGUAUUGCUGGCGCUGGUGGAAACGACGAUCGGCAGCAGUCCAGACUCCUCCAAAUGAAGCUCGAAGUUGCGCAGACCGAGGACGAUAUUGCUAAUCUGGAAGCCCAACUCGCUACAUCAGGUGACAUUCCCGAGGAAGAACACGACGAGUACUACGCGCGCAAGAAGGCGUGGCGAGUGGAAAUGGACCGCAAAGCGUCAGUUGAAGAGGAGCUCAAACGCUGUAAAUCCGAACAUGACCGCCAAGUCUCUAGCAUCGAGCAAGACAUCACUUCAGCUCUUCAAAAGCGCGAGCGUCUCGCUGCCCGGAAGGCCAAGCUCGACGAACAGCGCGACAAGCUCCUCGCUGCUGCUGCGAACGAACAAGAGCGGAAGAACCGUCGUGCCGCCGAAUUGUCCGGUCGCGCCAUGGAGGAGCAGUCCUGGCUCGAUUACAUCGAAAGCUUCGAACAGAAUACCGCUAUUGCACGUGCCGGCAUUGCUGAGCUCGAAAAGCACAACCAGCACAUGGAAGCCGUCUUUCAAGCAGCUCAGCAGCAGCGUCCCAGCUCACCCGAUGCUCACCUAGCCAUGAUCAGCCAGCCCACCCGCCAGCACAAUAUGUCCAUGGGCCCCAUGCAUUUCAGCCACAGUCUUAAUGGGAAUGGUAACGCGAACGGCAAUGGCAAUGGGUUUGUGUACUACCAACCGCCCCGUGGAGGCCGCUCCUCGUCCUUACUCUCCGACGUCGCAGGUUUCACAGACGAUGAGGACGACGACUUCAAUCACCCGCACGGCAAGCCACUUCCUAUAGAGCCUGCAUCUCAUUUCCCCGGUCCGUAUGCUUGGGGACCGAUUGACAACGAGCGCAAGGACUCGAGCGGCAGUGGCAGUGGCACAUCGGGUAGUAGUGGUAGCGGCAGUCAACGAGAUCCGCUGAGCCCGGUCGUGGGAUCGGGGUACCCUAGCCAAACGAACGGGUCUGGCGUGUAUCCUGUGCAUGGUAUCAUCGGGCAGCAGCAUUCGAGUAGUGGCAGCGGUAGUCCGUAG